UCUCAUCUUCCAUUCCCCCAAAACAAAAAUACAAAAUUAAGGAAUUAAUAAUGUCAGGAAAUAAUGAAGAAUGGAGAAAAAUGGCAGAUACACACAAGAUGAGUCCAGAAGAAGUGAAAAAAGCUGGAGUUGAGUCCUCUACAAGACCACCAGGACACAAUCCAGGUAGUGUACUACAUCAAAGAGCGCGUUUACCUUAUAGCAUUACAACAAUGACUAUUGUUGGUUUAGCCAUCACCGGUGUGGUUUGGUACGGCACUAUGUACGCCUUGAAGAAACCUGAAGCUUCCGCCGUCGACGUUGCCAAAGUUGCCACCGGAGUUGGUGGCCCUCAAGAUACUCAUCCUCGCAAGUAGCUCAUAAAAGAAGAAAACACUAUUUUUUGCUUAAUUGUCUCAACUUGUAACCCUUUUUACCCUUUAGGUGGAAAACUUUUGUUUUGAAUUUUACUACUUAGGUUACUUCUUUUUCAA